AUGGCUACUCCUGAAGAUAUAAAAACAUCAUAUAGAAGAUUGGCACUAAAAUGGCACCCUGAUCGCAAUAUUGAAAAUAAGGUGGUAGCGGAGAAAAAGUUUCAGGAGAUAUCAGAAGCUUACGAAACACUUUCAAAUGAAGAAAGACGUAGGAAAUAUGACUAUUAUAACACAUACAAUUCGCAAUACAUGUAUGAUCAUUCUUUAAAUAGUGAGUUAAACCAUAAUAUUAACAAUAACAGUAGUACUACAUCGAAAUUGGAGUCUGAUAUUUUUAAUGAAAUGUUUACUGAGCUCGAAGAUAUCUUCUUGAAAAUGCAAUAUGCAUUGAAAAGUGGAGGAAAUUAUAAUGUCUCUAAUAUGAAUACAACUAGAAGAGAAAACGCUUAUAUACUUAAGAGAGAUAAUAAGUGGAUUAAAGGAAUUCUUAUUGAAGAACUGCUACCUAAUGGAAAAUCCACAUAUAGCUUUUAUGAAUACAAUUUGAAUGAUCUUGAGAAGCAGCAACUCGACCUUGAUUCACCUGCUGAAUUAUUUCAGUAUCAAAUGGGACCUCUAGAUACUAAGAUAUUCGAUAGAGUCAAUCUUAUAUAUUUUGCAGAUAAUUUAUUAAAUUAUAUUAGGAAGGUGAGUACAAUAUUUAUGAAGUUAAAUUUACAUCCAAAAUUAAAAGACAGAAUUUUGAAACUAUAUAUUCCAAUGUGUUCUAAAAUAUUGAGAAGAUAUGUCAUACAAAUACCACACUUGCUAAUGCAGUUUAUUCGCAAUGUUACCAAAAUAAUAGGUUAG